CCCCCCCCCCCCCCGGGGCCGCCGCCGCCGGGGCCGCCCGGCCCGCCCGGCCUCAUCCCGCCGCCCGCGGGGCCGCGCAACCCCAACAACACGCUGGUGGACGAGCUGGAAGCGUCCUUCGAGGCCUGCUUCGCCUCGCUGGUGAGCCAGGACUACGUGAACGGCACGGACCAGGAGGAGAUCCGCACCGGUGUUGAUCAGUGCAUCCAGAAGUUUCUAGAUGUUGCAAGACAAACUGAAUGCUUUUUUCUACAAAAAAGACUGCAGCUGUCAGUCCAGAAACCAGAACAAGUAAUUAAGGAGGAUGUUUCAGAAUUAAGAAAUGAAUUGCAGAGAAAAGAAGCCUUAAUUCAAAAGCAUUUGAGUAAACUGAGACACUGGCAACAAGUCCUGGAAGACAUCAGUGUACAGCACAAAAAGCCUGCAGAAAUGCCUCAAGGUCCAUUAGCUUACCUAGAACAAGCAUCUGCAAAUAUUCCUGCUCCAAUGAAGCAAACAUAAUCUUCAGUUUAUACAGCUCAGUAUUUUAAAAGCAAUUGUGUUAUUUGUAUGCUUUUUAUAUAAUGUAAUAUGUACUGCAAAUAUAAUUAAAACAAUAAAG